AUGCUGAACGUCCCUUCCCAGUCUUUCCCGGGCCCCAGCUCACAGCAGCGCGUCGCCUCCGGGGGGCGUAGCAAGGUCCCUCUGAAACAGGGCAGAAGUCUCAUGGAUUGGAUUCGACUGACCAAAAGUGGAAAGGACCUAACGGGAUUAAAAGGCAGGUUAAUUGAAGUAACUGAAGAAGAACUUAAAAAACACAACAAAAAAGAUGACUGUUGGAUAUGCAUAAGAGGCUUUGUUUAUAAUGUCAGCCCGUACAUGGAGUAUCAUCCUGGUGGAGAAGAUGAACUUAUGAGAGCAGCAGGAUCAGAUGGUACUGACCUUUUUGAUCAGGUUCAUCGUUGGGUCAACUAUGAAUCCAUGCUGAAAGAAUGCCUGGUGGGCAGGAUGGCCAUGAAACCUGCUCUUCCUAAAGACUAUCAUGAGGAAAAGAAAGUCUUAAAUGGCAUGCUUCCUCAGAGCCAAGUGACAGAUACACUUGCCAAAGAAGGUCCUAGUUCUCCAAGCUAUGACUGGUUCCAAACAGACUCUUUAGUCACCAUCGUCAUAUAUACUAAACAGAAGGAUAUCAAUUUAGAUUCAGUAAUAGUUGAUCAUCGGGAUGAUUCCUUUAGAGCUGAGACAGUCAUCAAGGAUUAUUCAUACCUUGUACAUGUUGCCCUAAGUCAUGAGAUUCAGGAAGAUUUUUCUGUGCUAGUUGUUGAGAAUGUGGGAAAAAUAGAGAUCGUCCUGAAGAAAAAAGAGAAUACUUCUUGGAAACGCCUUGGUCAUCCCCUGGAGAAUCAUAAUUCAUUUAUUCCAAAGAAAGAUACAGGUUUGUUCUACAGAAAGUGCCAGUUAGUUUCCAAGGAAAACGUGACUCAUGAUACGAAGCUCUUCUGCUUAAUGCUGCCACCGAGCACACAUCUUCAGGUGCCAGUUGGGCAACACGUUUACCUCAAGCUACCUAUUACAGGUACUGAAAUUGUGAAGCCAUAUACACCUGUAUCUGAUUCCUUAUUCUCAGAGUUCAAGGAACCAGUUCUUCCCAACAAUAUGUACAUCUACUUUUUGAUCAAAAUCUACCCUGCUGGAUUCUUCACACCGGAGCUUGAUCAGCUUCAGAUUGGAGAUUAUGUUUCUGUAAGCAAUCCUGAGGGCAAUUUUAUAAUAUGCCAGCUCCAAGAACUGGAAGAUCUGUUUUUAUUGGCAGCAGGAACAGGCUUCACACCAAUGGUUAAAGUACUGAAUUAUGCUUUGACUAAUAUACCCAGUCUCAGGAAAGUGAAGCUGAUGUUCUUCAAUAAAACAGAGGAUGACAUAAUUUGGAGAAGCCAGUUGGAGAAAUUAGCAUUUAAGGAUAAAAGAUUUGAGGUUGAAUUUGUCCUCUCAGCACCUACUUCCGAAUGGAGUGGCAAACAGGGAUACAUUUCACCAGCUCUGCUCUCUGAAUUUUUGAAAAGAAGUUCAGACACAUCCAAAGUCCUCAUCUGCCUUUGUGGACCAACGCCAUUUACAGAACAAGGAAUGAAGAUGCUGCAUGAUCUGAACUUUUCCAAAGAUGAGAUCCAUAGUUUUACAGCAUAA